AUGGUCCGGAGAAACAAAUUGAUCGGAAUCUGUGCCGUGGUGUUGGUAGCAGUUUUGGGACUUACGCUGGGGCUGGUGUUCGGGCUGCAGAGCGACGACGAUGGAGACGAUGCACAACGCUCUUUUAAAAUCGACUAUGACCGGGACACGUUCGUGAUGGACGGUAAGGACUUCCGGUAUGUCUCCGGGUCGUUCCAUUACUUCCGCACGCUGCCCGAAACGUGGCGCACGAAGCUGCGCACGUUGCGUGCCGGCGGUUUGAACGCCGUCGACCUGUACGUCCAAUGGUCCUUGCACAACCCGCGAGACGGUGUGUACAACUGGGAGGGCAUCGCGAACGUUACGGACGUCAUCGAGGCGGCCAUCGAGGAGGACUUGUACGUCAUUCUCCGACCGGGGCCGUACAUUUGCGCUGAGAUCGAUAAUGGCGGUUUGCCGUACUGGCUGUUCAACAAGUACCCGGGCAUUGCUGUGCGUACCAGCGACGCCAACUACAUGGCCGAGGUGAAACAUUGGUACACGGAGCUGAUGGGCCGCAUGCAACCGUACAUGUACGGAAACGGUGGUCCGAUCAUUAUGGUGCAGAUUGAGAACGAGUACGGUGCGUUUGGGAAAUGCGACAAGACGUAUCUGAACUUCCUCAAGCAGGAAACGGAGCAGUAUGUCCAGGGGAACGCGGUCCUGUUCACCGUCGAUCGGCCGUACGAUGACGAGAUCGGUUGUGGACAAAUCGACGGUGUGUUCAUUACGACCGACUUCGGACUGAUGACGGAGGCCGAGGUGGAUACGCACGCGGCCAAGGUUCGCUCGUACCAACCGAAGGGUCCACUGGUGAACACCGAGUUCUACACGGGAUGGCUUACGCACUGGCAGGAGUCGAACCAGCGCCGCUCGGCGGAACCACUUGCCGUAACGCUUCGCAAGAUGCUGAGGGAUGGCUGGAACGUCGACUUCUACAUGUACUUCGGGGGCACCAACUUCGGGUUCUGGGCGGGUGCUAACGAUUGGGGUCUCGGUAAGUACAUGGCCGACAUCACGUCGUACGACUAUGACGCACCGAUGGACGAAGCGGGCGAUCCGACGAUGAAGUACAUCAUCUUCCGGGACAUUAUUGCAGAGUAUAUCCCACUCGCCGUGUUGCCUGUCCCCGAGCGAGCGCCGAAAAUGGUGCUUCAAUCGUUCCCGCUGACGGUCGUUGACUCGAUUCUUUCCGAGCGCGGACGGCAGAUUCUCGGCGUUGAGGCGAACAACAAGGAAGGCAAGCUGCUCACGUUCGAGGAGCUGAACCAAAACUCGGGCUUCGUGCUGUACGAAACAACACUGCCGAAGCUGACACGUGACCCUAAUUUGCUCACUAUCAACGGACUCCGUGAUAGGGCACAGGUGUAUCUGAACCAGUUCUACGUGGGAACGGCGUCGCGAGAAAACGCCAUCAACGCACUACCGCUGACCGCUGGCUACGGAUCACAGCUGUCGAUUCUCGUUGAGAACCAAGGGCGUAUCAAUUUCGAUAUUCUCGAUGACUACAAGGGCAUUUUGGAUAACGUCACAAUUCAAACGUUCGCUGAGCCGUACACCCAGUCCUUGGAGUCGUGGACCGUCACGGGAUAUCCGUUCGAUGACUACAGCAAGGUGCAACAGUUCGUUGACAGUGUCACCGGGGGAACCGGAGCGAACGAUCGUGGAAUGGCCAUGAAUGGUCCGGUCGUGCUGAAGGCGGUCUUCGACGUACCGGCGACCGAAAUUCACGACACGUACAUCAACAUGGACGGUUGGGGCAAGGGUUUUGUUUUCGUGAACGGAUUCAACCUUGGACGUUACUGGCCAGUGAUUGGACCGCAGGUCACCUUGUAUCUGCCGAAGGAGCUGCUGAAGGCGAAGGACAACACAAUCGUGGUUGUGGAGCAACAGAAGCUGCCAACGGACCUUACGCUGAAUUUCUCCGAUGUUGCCAUUUUGGACGAGGCCUAAUAAUGGAACUGUGCCAAUGGUUCUCUAGUGCUCUAUGCUCUG